CGCGUGUGUAGUGGCCGCGCGGUGACUUGUCUCUUGACGGAGACCCUUCUGCCUUCUUCGAGGUGACUGAAGCGAUGAGGACCCAGAGUCAGCGAUCUGAAUCUGUCCAGACCCAGGACGAGACUCACUGACGCCGUCGGUUCGGCUCAGUUGACUGCGGUCUGGCUUGGAGACGUCAUGCGGGAGAGAGCUAGCUGCUAGCCGCCGAGCUAAGAGCGCGAUGAGCGCAGAUGGAAGCGGCGCGAUUAGCCGCCGCAUCAAGAACCUGCUGCGCUCACCGUCAAUCAAAUUGAGGGGGCGGGGUCGAGCCGCGCGCCGCCAGGUCGACGCGGAGGUGACCUUGGAAAAGGUUCUCGGCAUCACGGCACCCGGCAACCGAGCACUGUCAUGUGACCCUCGAACUGGACUAUUGGCGUAUCCUGCUGGGUGUGUGGUGGUCCUGCUGCAUCCUCGCAAGAACAAACAACGUCACAUUUUCAACACAUGGAGGAAGACAAUCACCACAUUAGCGUUCUCCCCUGAUGGCAAGCAUGUGGUCACAGGCGAGAGCGGCCACAUGCCAGCGGUGCGCGUGUGGGAGGUGGCGAAUUGUGUCCAGGUGGCAAAGCUCCAGGAACACAAAUACGGUGUCGCCUGCGUGACGUUCUCUCCGAACAGCAAGUACAUCAUCAGUGUGGGCUACCAACACGACAUGAUGGUCCACGUGUGGAACUGGAAGAAAGACGUGGUAGUGGCUGCCAACAAGGUGUCCAGUAAGGUGACAGCCGUGUCCUUCUCACAUGACAGCUCAUACUUUGUGACGGCGGGAAACCGUCAUGUCAAGUUCUGGUAUCUGGACCACAGUAAGACAUCCAAGGUGAAUGCCACGGUGCCUCUGCUGGGGCGUUCAGGGCUGCUGGGAGAGCUCAAGAACAACUUUUUCUGUGACGUGGGUUGUGGGCGGGGCCAGCAGGCAUCCUCCACCUUCUGCAUCACCACUUCUGGCUUGCUGGUCCAAUUCAAUGACCGCCGUCUGCUAGACAAGUGGGUGGAGCUCCAGGCGUCACAGGCAACAUGUUUGUGCGUCACAGACGAGCUCAUCUUCUGCGGCUGCUCCGAUGGCGCAGUGCGAGCCUUCAGCCCGCUGACGUUACACUUCAUUUGCACUUUGCCCCGCCCACACUUCCUGGGCGCGGACGUAGCCGCAAUGACGGAUGGCAGUCAGCUGUUCUCCUGCAGACUGGACGCACGCUACCCAGACACUGUGGCUGUGACCUACGACCCUACCAACCGCUGGCUGUCGUGCAUCUACAACGACCACAGUAUCUACGUGUGGGACGUGUGCAACCUCCGCGACCCCCGGCGGGUGGGCAAACUCUACUCGGCACUCUACCACGCCUCGUGUGUGUGGAGCCUAGAGGUGUUUCCCCAAGAGGGCGGGGUCGGGGGACGAGGAGCAGGCAAGAUGCCCCCCCCUCUGGGCUGCUUCCUGUCCUGCUCGUCAGACAACACCAUCCGUGUGUGGAAUGUGGACAGAUGCCACGGCAACAUCUUGAGCCAUGAUCUGCACAAGAUCAUUUACAUGGAUGACAACCUGGCAAGCCUGCUGGACACGGACAGCGUCUCGGUCGUGGCGCCAACAAGCUCGGAGGGCUCACACUGCGACCAGAGUCGGACGGGUAUUAGGACCCUGAGGGUCAGUCCUGAUGGACAACACCUUGCCUCAGGAGACCGAGCAGGCGUCCUCAGGGUCCAUGAUGUGCACACCUUGGAGGAGAUCGUCAAUGUUCAGGCUCAUGACUCCGAGAUUCUUUGUCUGGACUUCUCUAACGUGGAGACAGGUGUGCACUUUUUGGCCACGGCCAGUCGAGAUCGCCUCAUCCAUGUGCUGGACGCAGCGGCUGACUACCGUCUAGUGCAAACGCUGGACGAACACUCGUCAUCCAUCACCGCCGUCAGGUUCACUGCUAAUGAGGGCAAAGUCAGGCUGAUCAGUUGUGGUGCCGACAAAAGUAUCUACUUCCGCACUGGCCAGCAGGUGGGUCCUCUACACUCAUUAACUAAUCACUUCCUGCUGGUAACGCCAUCCUUCCUCUUCCUGUUGGUGCAGACGGACAACGGUCUGGAGUUUAUUCGAACGCAUCACGUGGCAAGGAAGACCACGCUGUAUGACAUGGACGUGGAGCCAACCAGGAAGUAUGCUGCCAUUGGCUGUCAGGACCGGAGCAUUAGGAUCUUCAACGUCAAUAACAGCAAGCAGAAGAAAAUCUACAAAGGAUCUCAAGGAGAAGAUGGAACACUCAUCAAGGUGCAGAUCGACCCGUCAGGUCUCUACAUCGCAACUUCCUGUUCAGACAAGAGUAUCAACAUCUUUGACUUCUUCUCUGGCGAGUGUGUAGCUGCAAUGUUUGGACACUCGGAGGUGGUGACAGGCUUGAAGUUCAGCAGCGACUGCUCACGCCUUAUCAGCGUGUCGGGAGACAGCUGUAUCUUCGUGUGGCGUCUGAGUCCAGAGAUGACGCUCAGGAUGCGGCAGCGGCUAUCUGACCUCAGAGCUUCCACCACAGGUCACGUGUCCCACAAUGUACCACAGCAGCGAGCAGCAAAGCUCAGGGAGGCAGAGUGUCCUCGUGCAGUGACCAUGUCUUCAGACAGCGACGAGGAGGAAGAAGGGGAGCAGCUGGGUCAUCCCAAUAAGGUUGAGGAGGAAGCAGCUGACAUGUCACAUGACAAGAACACAAGCUGUAAGACGCCUCCUUCAGACAGACGACUCCCUCGCCGCCGCUGGUCCAGGAAGUCUGGCGGUGCCAGUGAUGUUCUGGCAAUGACAUCUAUGUUGGAUCUGAGACAGCUGGAAGCGGGGGCAGAGACACUCGGCAAUGAUGGGAGCCCAAGAGAAGUCUGGGUCACACAGGCGGGGCUUCAGGGGGCCAAUCAGCAGCGAGGAAGUACCAUCAGUUUACAGGUGGAACAUUUGGGGUUACAGACGAAUCACAGACCUGACUUCAUGUCACUGUCCAAUCGGAGUCCAGAGAAGGAGGAACUGGUGUUGUUUCCUGACCAAUGGGAGGACAGAGUGAGCCUGAGCAGUGAGUUUGAGGUGAAGGGGACGGCUUCUGCAGCUGCGGUUGGACAGCAGGACAAACCGAGUCCGGACAGCGGCUGCUCGCUCAGAUUCAAUUCCAGGACUUCAAGCCCAGACCCGGGAGCAGACAAUUCGGACCACGCGGAACACGUCAGUGACAAUGGAGACUCGCUCGACGAGGAAGAGGACGCUGGGCCUGUUCCUCAGACUCCGGACCAGGAAGCCUUCCUGAAGAAACACUUUGUCACGCUGGCUGACAUUGCAGAGGGACCGAGCAGAACAUCUCACAGCUCCAGCGAGAGCCUCAGCAUCUCGUCCAGGUUCCUCUCACAGAACUCUGCUGCAAGUCGGGCCGUACCUUGGUCUCAGAGCAGGUCAGAAGCCCGGGAGAUUAAGCCCCACCCUCUGGUCUCUGAGGUUCAUCCUUUGAGGGACCAGAACCAGGAUCAGAGCCAAAAAGAAGGUUGUUUUUCGGAGGAUACGGUACAGAACCUCCAUCCCUCUCCAGGGAAGGAGGUGGAGUGCAGGCGGAAAGUGGGUGUGGUCUUCCAGCCUGACAUGUCGUCCAGACUGCACAAGUCCCAGUCUGUCCACAGCCUCCUGAGCGAGCCAGGCAGUAUCUCACCUUUGACCUCUCCUUCAUCUGGAGGAGUGACUCCUCAACGUCCCACGACCCUCCCAUCUGGCCCCCGCCGUCCCCUCGCUGCAGGCCCGCCCCCUCAGAGGCCUAGUUCUGCGUCCCCCGGAUCUCCCCACCAGGAAAAUGUUGCCAUGAUGACACCCAGGAAGUCAUCUUCCCCAUCUGUAGGGGCGCCGCGUUCCUACAUGAGCCCCACAACCAGCUCCAUGGCCAAAAUGUCCCGCUCCGUCUCAAUGGGCGAUGCUCUCAAUGAAGCCUCCCUGGAUCCCUCGGUGGGGCCGGCAGGAGCGGCGUUUUCCUGUCUAGUUGCCUCCUGCACGCCGCAAGCCACGCCCCCUCAAGCUGCUGUCGCCCCAGUUGUUAUCAGUUCCUCUUUUUCUUCUCUGAAUUGCCGUGGUAACCAGGCUGCCACACCCCCCCGCAUUCUCCACGCUCGUUUGCCAGGAGCACCGCUUCCUGACAAACCCACCAUCACAUCCUUCUCGCCCUUUGCAAAGACCACCCCCUCUGGCCGCCCUCCCAUCUCUAUCUCCCCCCUGACUCCGCCCUUGCUGGGUGAGGAGCCUCAGCCUGGCGGCGGUGUGGAGCCAAAGGGCGACGCAGACCAGCCAAUGAGUGUGGAGGCGUGCCAAGCACUGACCGAUGAGAUGCUGAGCUGCUUCAGGCAAGCUGCACACCUCUACAGGAAGGUGAGCGCCUCUUGUUCGGAAGACUCCACUCCUGAGCAGAGUCACAUGGCCCAGCUCCUGUCAGAAGGUUUCCAGGCCAUGAGGGUGGAGCUUGAGUCUCUGCCCCUAGGAGUGGCUGGUGGCGGGGGGCUUUUGGAGGUGGUGGGUCAGGAAAGGACGACGGCGCUUCUGGAGGAGUAUUCCCUUCUGCUGCUGCAGGCUGUUCACAGGAAACUCCGCCCCCUGGAUGACACCUAGAUCCUGAUUGCUGUUGAUGAUGGUCGACUUGUUAGUAGCUUUGAAUGAAAACUUCACUUCAUGAUGGUGGUCAGCUCCCUGUUGCAUCAGUGUGAAGAUGAUAGAUUGUGAAGAAGGAACCAUACACUAUGACUGCAGUUUGAAAAACUUUACUGUAACCAUGGAAACGGCAUGGCCUGACAGACUGACCUUUGAUGUCACAUGUUAAAUAAAUGUUUGACUGUUAGCAUGGCAAGCACUGCUUCCUGCUUGUCGGACACAUGUUCACAUUUGUCCUCUUUUCAAGCAGACCAGGAAGAAGUGAACAAAGUCCAAGAUAGUCUAUUGUCGAGGAGAUGUUGUGCUGAUCAGCUCAGAGCGGGAAGAGCAGGAAGCCACUGAAGAUGCUGAAGUUUCGGGCGUCGUCAUAGAGGCGGUAGCUGGCGGGCAGACUCAGACGGACUUGAUCGUCUGCCUCCAGCUGCAGCAGCACGCCGUUGGUGACAGAUGCGUAGCCACCGUGGUCGUUGAGGUCUAGGCUGAAGAUAAUUGGCUGCUGGUUGCGGUACAAGGUCACGCCCAUGUAACCUUUUAGGAAGUCGGCCGUCGUGAAGCUGAACGCAUAAACACCACCGACGGGUGCCGUGAACACACCUGCACAGAAUCAAGUUGAUGAUGAUGUCAUGUCACACACACACACGCGGUGGCGUCAUCAAAGGUCACCUGAGGUCACGUCGUAAGCUUGGCCCACGUUGGUGAAGAUCUUGGAGAAGAUCAGCGUAGUUUCCUGGUCAAAGGGUCCAACUGAUCCCGAGUCAGUAAGUGCGGCGGAAAAGGCCACUUUCGUCUCACCUGGUGAUGACACCACUGACAUCAUCACAACGCGCCAACAACACGCUACUUCAGCUCACAGCUUUGUUACCUGACCCCUGGCUGUGUUGCUCCAAAACACGCAACUGCAACAUUAGCUCUGUGGUGGGAAAGCACCGUGAUCAUGUCAGCAAGGCGCACGUCAAACACACACACUGUUGGUUUACCUUCAGUUGUCGUCUUCAGUUUGUUUAUCUUCGUGUCCGUGAUGUUUAACUUGUCCUGCAACACUGACACACACACACACACACACACAGUGAUGAAAGAGAGAGGAGCUUGUAAAGGUGAGGCGUAGUCUCACCUGUCUUGAUGUGGUCUUCACCUUCCAGUCUGGACUUCAGCUCUGCCAUGACAACAACAGUGAGGCUGAAGAGGAUGAUGAAGAUGUAGAUGUGUCAUACCUGUGUUCUUUGUCCACAGAUCCACCACUUGUCCUUCUAUGACCUUGACUGACUGCAUGACCAUCGCCAGCUGGCCGUCACUCACUGAUGUCAAAGUUCACACCUGUCACAACGUCCAUGCAACCACGCGCACACACAAACACACACACACAUACACGCACUCUCACCUGUGUGUUCUGUCUUGAGUUCUUCCACACGUUUCUCACUGACAUUCAGUCUGUCCUUCAGCACUGCACACAAAACAACACCAUCUGACCACAUGGACUAAAGUAUUGGGACAGCUCCGGGAAGUGAAAAGUGAAGAAAAUCUGACGUCUUUGCAGCCAAAACAUCCUCUGUUUGUUCAUUUGUGAGGUCAGAGGUCAUUGAUGUCGGACCUGUUAUAAUACUUCCACACCAAACUCACCAGUGUGUAACGGAUGCCAGCCUGUGAGGCUGUGCAAGUGUACGUUGGUAAACCUCACUCCAUCUGCCUCGAGAGCUACGCUGAACACACGGUCGACAGUCCGGGCCGUGGGGUCAGCGCUCUCGUCUCCCAUUGCGAAGGUCCUAUGUUCAAGCCCCGGUGCGGGCAGUGUGAAGCAGGGCGGGUUGGUGCCGUGACCCGGCUGGGAGUGAGGGUUGAGGGGGUGAGUGUAACGGAUACCAGCCUGUCAGGCUGUGCAAGUGUACGUUUGUAAACCUCACUCCCUCUGCCUUAAAAGCUGCGCUGAACACACGGUCAGCGCUCUCGUCUACCUCCUGUGUUCGAACCCCGGUGCGGGCAUUUGCACAAAGAUGGAAGCAUACAACUGUCCAAAAUGCUUUGUUAAGUUGAAGAAUGAAGAUUCAGGGACAACCGAGGACUCUAGUCUAACCUCUCAUUCAUUCAUUGAUAAGUACAUGUGUCCCAGCACUUUUGUACAUUACAUGAUACAUGAGAUGAGAAUGUCAUGACAUGAGAGCACCUGCAGUGUCGUUGAGGUUGCAAAUCAAUCGUGACUCCAUGUUGGAAAGUUGCUUGGCCUGAGCUGAAGAAGAAAAAGAAAGUAUCACAGGGCAGAGCUACGUACUGUUUGUGUUAUUGACUGGCUCUAUGGUAUCAGAACUCUUUUUUUGGGUGAGAACCAUGGUAUCGGACUUGGAGGUGCUGAUUCUCGUCUCAUCCAGUGAGAGUUGAAGAUCAUCUGCAAAAAGCAGUGAUCCAAUCCUGCAGCCAUCAAACCGAAUCCCUUCUUGGCUGUGCCUAGAAAGUCUGUCCAUAAAAGUAAUGAUAUAAAUAUAACCCAUGAUAUGAUAUAAAUAACCCAUGACCUCACAACCCAAACCCAUCACCUCAUACACCUAACCUGUCAUGUCAUAACCCUAACCCAUCACCUUGUAACCCUAACCAAUCAUCUUGUAACCCUUACUCAUCACCUCAUAACCCUAACCCAUCACCAAUUAACCCUAAACCAUCACCAAUUAACCCAAACCCGUUAGCUCAGAACCCUAACCCAUCUCGUAACCCCAAUCCAUGACUUCAUAGGAGAACGAGAUGAGUCAAGACUUUAAAGAAAAGUACAAUGAAAAAUAUCUGACAAUAUAUUGCAGUCCACUAAUAACAUUUCGAGUACAUUACACUCUUCUGCACUGUGUGUCUGCUACCAGCCCUGCCUCCACCCACCAACACAAAGAGGUUGUCCAUCCAUCUUCUACGCCACUAAUCCUCACUAGGAACAAACAUGCCAAGGUGCUGAAACCAAUGCACAGAGUGGAUCCUUUUCCUGCCUGUUAGGAGGUGGGAGACGAGGAAAACAGACAUGUAUGCAUAUGGUAAUAUAUUGAGGCCAGCAAAGUGAUUGAGUUAAUUUUCAUUUAUUGUGUGAUUAAUUAAUUUACCUAUUAUAGUCCCGGGCCUAGUGGACACUAGGCACUCCUGUCACAUUUUAAUCUUGCGAAAUCUUAUGACACCCCUACCCCUGCCUCAUAACCCAAUACCUAUCAUCUCAUAACCCUAAACCAUCCCCUCGUAACUUUAACCCAGCAUCUGUACAAGCAGGCUGUGCA